AUGGAAUCGUCUAUGGGUCAAAAGAAAACAUUGUACGCUUGUGUUUUUUUUAUGAUGGUGUUUUUUCUAGGGUGUAAUUGCGUCCAUGGACGAACCCUUAAAAACAUGAAAGUUGAUGAUAAGAUGAACGUUGGUCGUGAUAGCAAGACAAUCAUGACGGCGGAACACAAUGAUCUGAUGGUUAAUGAAAAGGCAGUGCAGCUCUCUCCGCCACCAUAUCCACCGUCAUCACCACCACCACCACCACCACCGGGAGGUAAAAGUGCAGAAGAUUUCAGGCCUACAACACCCGGUCAUAGCCCUGGCAUUGGGCAUAGUAUAUCCCAUGACUAA